GUUCUACAGCAGCAGGUCCCAAGUAGCUUGCCCCAGGGAGCCUGGCACACACUUUACUGCUUUUGAGCUAAUUUCGCUGCAGACCCUCCCCUCCUUUCAAUAUCUUUAGCUUUGUUUUAAAUUGGAUGGAGUGAGAGAAGGAGGUGUGGUGUGGGUGGGGGCUCUUGGGUGUGUGGCUUUUGCUGCUUCUCCUGCUGCCUUUUCUGAAGCUAAGGGCAGGCAGGACAGGGGACCCUGCUCUGAACUGAGAAGAACCUCAUCUAAGAAGAGCUCUGUGCUUUCCCCCUCCCAUCCCCCGCCCUCCCUGAAGUUUGCAUGGAGUGCACGUUGGGCUAUAAUUAAGGGAUCUUGGAGGCGUACUUUGCUUAUGACGCGUUGCUUUUCUUUUGCCUUCGGUGAAAGUGGCUCCUUCUUCCCUGGAUCAGGACCUCUGCCAUUCAAAGGCACAAAGAGACAUUCUGGACAUACUCACACUCACUCACUCACACACACACACACACACACACACACACACACACACACACACAUUCACACACACAGUCUUAAGGUGAGCAAGAAGAACCCUGCCUUCACUUUACGUCCCGUUUUCAACUUCAGCAGAACUUGAGAGCAUCUCAACUUCUGGAGCUCAAGACAAGUGAAGAAGAUUCUUGUGGCUGUCAAGAUGAAGUGUCUCCUUUUUCUGGUGCUGAUUUCCCUCUCCUGGGCUGAUCAUCUUACUGACAACUACACUCUGGAGCAUGACAGAAUUAUCCACAUCCAAGCAGAAAAUGGCCCCCGUCUACUUGUGGAAGCAGAACAGGCAAAAGUCUUCUCACACAGGGGUGGCAAUGUCACACUGCCAUGUAAAUUUUACCGCGACCCCUCAACAAUUGGCUCAGGAACCCACAAAAUCCGAGUCAAGUGGACCAAGCUCACUUCAGAUUACCUCAAGGAAAUAGAUGUUUUUGUUUCCAUGGGAUACCACAAGAAAACAUAUGGCAGCUACCAGGGGAGAGUAUUUCUGAACAGAGGCAGUGAAAAUGAUGCCUCCCUUGUAAUCACAGAUAUCACCCUGGAGGAUUAUGGGAGAUACAAAUGUGAGGUGAUUGAAGGAUUAGAAGAUGAUACAGCGGUUGUAGCCUUGGAUCUACAAGGUGUGGUCUUCCCUUACUUUCCACGACUGGGACGCUACAAUCUCAAUUUCCAUGAGGCUCGACAAGCUUGCCUGGACCAAGAUUCUGUGAUUGCCUCUUUUGACCAGCUCUAUGAUGCUUGGAGGGCAGGGCUGGACUGGUGUAAUGCCGGCUGGCUCAGUGAUGGAUCUGUGCAGUAUCCCAUCACUAAACCUAGAGAACCCUGUGGAGGGAGAAACACAGUGCCUGGUGUCAGGAAUUAUGGAUUUUGGGAUAAGGAUAAAAGCAGAUACGAUGUCUUCUGUUUUACAUCCAACUUCAAUGGGCGCUUCUACUACUUAAUCCAUCCCACCAAGCUGACCUAUGAUGAAGCGGUGCAGGCUUGUCUCAAUGACGGUUCUCAGAUCGCGAAAGUGGGCCAGAUGUUUGCUGCCUGGAAACUCCUGGGCUAUGACCGAUGCGAUGCAGGCUGGCUGGCUGAUGGCAGCGUCCGUUACCCCAUCUCCCGGCCAAGGAGACGCUGCAGCCCCACCGAGGCAGCCGUGCGCUUCGCCGGCUUCCCAGAUAAAAAGCACAAGCUCUAUGGUGUCUACUGCUUCCGAGCAUACAACUGAGUGUACCCUCGAACGCCAUGCCACCAUUGUAAAGUCAUUCAGAACAUGUGAAAGAUUUCUUUUCAAUAUGAACUCAUGCAAUUUACCAAAACUGUGAUAACCCUUUUUUACUUACUGUAAAGAAAGUCAUUUUCAUAAAAAAUCCAAUACAUUAAUUUGUUUUUGUAAAACUAUCAUUCAAUAUAUAUUAUAAAUUAAUAUAAUUUUAAUGGAAGCUCUAUAUAAAGAAGCUUUAGAGCCAAACUGGUUAAGCUACAUCAUCCCAACCAAAUAUGCUUUCAGGAAUGGGGCAUGCCAUAGCUUGAGGAUCGCUAGGACUAACUCAAUUAAGGGAUUGUAAAGCUACUCAAAGCAGCAGCUUACACAAGCACAAAUUUUCCAACUUUGUACCAUUUUGAAAUGCACUAAAAGAAACCAAUGGGAUCUGCGGAUGCGUGGCCCAGUCAUCUUUUCAUACCUGAGCCACUUGGCUUGCAAAGCAAAACCAUGUCACAAGGGAACAAAUAGACACUUUUCUAAAAAUCAAUAUUUAGAAGACAAAUAGGCAAGUUGGCUUUUACUAUUUUAAAGCUCACCCAUAGAAAACAAGCCCAGCUGGUUCCCUUAAAUGAUUGUUUCUAUUAUAUGUUGAGGAGCAAAAGCUAAUCAAGGAAUGAGCCCUCUUUCCUUUGAACUCAAAUUAAGAAUGCCUAAGAAGAGUUCUAUUAUCUUUUGAGUAGUUUUACUGGAUUAUCUUUCUACUCUAAGGGCCAUUUGCAAAGAAUCAUUUGUUGUCCUAUCUACUCAGGGCAGUUCCAUAAAUGAACUGCUGGACAGAAAAGGGUAAAAACUGGGCAACUCAAUUUUACAUUAAUCUAGGAAAUGUUACAGUCUUUAAGAAAUAGCAAAAUGGAUUAACUAAACUCCCUUUUUUACCCUUGCUGGGGGGAAAUAUUUAAAAGUUGUAAAGGGAAAAUAACCCAACAGCUCUUGUACAGCCAAAAGAACUCAACUUGCCCAAGCUCCCCAGGAACUUUUUCAUCAUGGAGGUAACCAAAACUUCAAUCAGUAUAUACAUAUAUAUUAAGGUCCAAUUACAAACUCUCCACAUUUAAAAUAGGGUUAAUUAUGUCACUUCCCUUGGUUAAUCAACAUCAAGUUUAAUGAAAGGCUGAAGUUAAUCACACAAUUUCAAGAAAUCUUCAGGGUUUUAAAGGAGAUGUUAGCUCUGGGUUCAGAAAAAGAUGUUUAUACAGCCACAGUUUUGAUCAAAACAGAAACUAGAAUUCUGUCCCUUCUCCCUUUUACUUUAUUUUUUUUAAGCAUUGAAAAUCCAUAGGGACCAAUAUUUGUACUUAAGUUACUUUUCAGUUUCCCAUUGUUUCCAUAACUAGUACUGAUAAAUGGGAUUUAUUUAAUAGUGUGAUCCAAAUAUGCCACAGCUGGUAUGUUUUCAUGAAUGUUCCCAUGUAGAUUCUUUCCCAUGGCCAUGAGUAAAUAAACCUAUUUCCUGAACUGAUUGUGGUUGCAUUUUAAAGCUCUGUAAUAAUUCCAAUAAAUUUAUUCUAUGAAUGUAGAAUUUUGUGUCUGGGAGGUAUAGAACUACCAUUGGAGUCCAAGAAACCAUAAAUAAGUUCAUAUAUUAUCUAGAGAGACUACUGUAAAUAAAAGUAUAUCAUUUCCUUCAUCAAAAGUUAGAAUAUCUGGAAACCAUCAGAUGCUGUAAUAUUGAAAGAUGACAAUGUAUGCAUGCACAAUUUUUAAAAAUAGUCUAGGUAUACAACAUGUAAAAGAUAUAUUCAUCCAAAGAGGUUGUGAGUUCUAAUCCAAAUACUACUGGCUAAGUUGGGAAUCAGACUCACACUCCUAUGCUUAGAGAGACCUGAAUGCAAUAGGGUAAGACAAAUAUAUUAUUUAAAGAAAAGCAGGACCUACUGAUCUUUUUUUCCUGCCCUAUUAAAUGUCUCACAAAAGAGAAAAAUCUCUAGGAAAUUAAGGAAAUAAUCAUCUCUCUCAUUUUGAUUAAGGGGGUUAACUCAUUGGAAGGAGCCCUUCAUAAACAAUGAUUGCUUCUAUUACAAGCACUUUAUUAAGAAUGAAAGUGUGAAAGAAAUUUCUAAUGGAACAGGCACGUAGUUUUCUGCUAUUGUUGCAGAGCUCCAGUCUAUCUUUAUAAUGUUAAAGUUUAGUAACCUUUCAUAACUUUUGAAUAAACUUAUUAGUACAGGAAUUGGUGCUGAUCCAAACCUCUGAAAAGACUGUUAGCUAUUUAAAAUCUUUACCAAGUGUCCACACCAUUUUUCAUUCCUGUUUAAAAUGAAAACAAAAACAGAAUGAAUACUGCUGGGCAGCAUGUCCACCUUCAUGCCCUCUGGACUCUGAAUUCAGUAAUGAGAUCUUUCUAAAGUUCUUCACUUGCAAUUUUCUUAUUCUAUGCCCAUUCUUCAGGUUCUUUCCCUGACGUAACCCACUGAAGAGAGACCUGAAAGAGAAAGAUUAAUAUAGUAAAACUCUUAACAGAAAGUUGGUACAGUGUUGCCAAAAAUUGAAAUUGCUCCUUAAAGAAGGGUCCUGAGACUUGUAGGGUGGGAGGCGGGGGUUGAGGAAACCUUAUUUUGAUCAUUAUGUCCUGAUGGAACUCCUGUUGUUCCCACCAGGAACAAAGUAGAUGUACAGGUUUCAUUGUGCUUUUUACACUUGAACAACCCAAAUGAUGUUAUGAGAAAAAAAAAAUAGACCAUCACAUCAAAGGGUGGUAUAGGCGUCAACAUGUGUCACACACAUUAACACUGGAUACCACCUUUUAAUGACUGCUGCCAUCUUUUACCACAGUAAUUUUUAGUCAGAUAUGGAAUUUGUAAUUUAAAAUUUCUCUCAUAGAAAAGGGGCCGGUACCUGUUAGAGUUUUAUUUUAUCUGAUAUCGUAGUAGCAUAUUUUGUUGGGAAUUACACCCUGGCUCAAAGGAGACUCCAAUCUGGUUGCUGGCAGCCAUAUUGAGUUUCUUGAUUUCAGUGCUCCAGAGAAGAUAGUGGUCUCAUGGAGUAGUUGACCACUACAAGAGGGGAGAAGAAAGGGAAUUGCUUAUCCUAUUUCAGCAUGGAACACAGAGAUAAAUCAAUGAAUGAUAGACGCAUUUCUGUUGGGAAGUUUACUGUAUCAUAGCUCACUACUGCCAGAGUAGCAAUGGUGUACAACACAGGAAAUGGAAAAAAUGACAUCAUCAGAAAAGAACCAGAAACCACGAAAAUAUUUGAAUAAAUGAAAAUCUGCAUUGAAAGGCAUUUUCAUGUGCACUCCAGUAAAGAUUUCUGAGGUAAAAACCAAUCUGUAUUUUCAAAAAAAAAUGUUUUCAUUUUUCUGUAAGAGACAAUGAACUGGUAAAAGAAUAUUAAAAGUGAAUGUUGUAUUGCUGCA